GACAAAAGGUAGAAAUGGCUCAAGUAGUCGAGUUCGUCGUCUGUCACGAUGACAAGGAAACAGCCUUUAAAGCAAACAGCACAACCCAAAUUUCGAAGGUCUGGAAGAGCUACAUCACACACAGAAAGUGGAGCGACCAUGAGGCGCAAGCGCAUCGCAUGUUUAUCAACAGCUCGACCGGGGUGAAGCUGAGUGGCACCGUUGCGAGCAAUCAUGUCAAGUCAGGGGACAAGAUAUGGGUGUACCAACUCGAUCCGGAGGAGCUGUGCUCGCUCGCGCUGACGGACCAGUUCGGCUACACACAGGAUUACGUGGCCUGGGUUGAGGACGACCUGCGCUACUGGGUCGAUGAGUUCCAGACCGCCAUACGCGCCGGCAAGCCCGGCAGCAAACGCGGCGGCCGCCGUGCGCCGGUGCCGCCGCUGCCGGGGGCCGACGAGAUAGUGGCCGUGUACGACUUCGAUGGCGGGCGCCAGGUGUCGUUUCCUCCGGGCCUGACGGUGGAGGAGGUGACGGACACGGAGCCUGAGCGCGCGGCGUCGCUGCUGCUGUUCCGGCAGCAGCUGCCUGCGGGGGAGACGGAGGCGGAGGCGCAGCUCCGGCGGCUAUCUGUGGUGAUGUGGGGGUGGAGCGGCAGAUCGAUCCGCAUCAAUGCGCUGCGCUCUACGCCGCUGUGGCAGGUGGCGCACGCCGCCGUCAUCCUCACGCAGGGCUCCAAGGCCAUUCCCUUCCUGGCCGGCUGCAGCAGCGCCCGCAGCGGCAGUAGCACCGCCGCCGCCGCCGUCAGCAGCGCCGCGCCCGACGACCAGCGACUGGUGCUCAUCCUGGGGCAGGGCAUGGAGUUCGACAUGGCGAAGCCGGGGCUGUCGCAGACGGCGACGCUGCAGGACGUGCGGCGGCUGCAGCAGGGGCUGGCGGGUCGAUUCAUGGCGGACAGCUCGGAUGAUGAGGGAGGGGAGGAUGAUGAGGAGGAGGAGGACGGGGAGGAGGAGGAGGAGGGUGGACAGGGGCUGGGCGUCAAGCCCGGGCCGCAGAUGGACCUGGACCUCAUGUGCUCGCUGGACCACGGUGGCGCGCUGCAGCUGGCAGCACUGCGCGGCACGCUGGGCGCCUCCCACCCCGCCCUGGCGGCGCUCCCGCCCACCCCCGCCUUCUUCAGCAGCAACGCGCUGGGGCCGCUGUACCUGGCGGCGGGGCGCGGGCACGCGGCGGUGGCGGAGGUGCUGCUGGCGGCGGGGGCGGACCCACUGGCGGGAAAUGGCGGCACGGAGGACAACGCUCUGACUAUGGCGGCGGCGCGCGGCUAUGUGGAGGUGGUGCGGGCCAUCCUGGCCAGGUGCCGGAGCGCUGUGGUGGCGCUGGGGGAGAAGCAGCGGGCGCUGGGCAAGCAGCUGUUGCGGGCGGCGCGGGACGUGGGCGGCAGCCGCUCGCUGGGGCUGGGCUGCUUCUGCGCCUGCCAGGCCGUGUGCGUGAAGAACAAGCUGUCGCUGGUGACGCCGCCCGGCCCCAAGGAGCAGGCGCUGGUGCAGCAGCUGGGGCCGGAGCCGCUGGCGGCGGCGGCGCGGGCCGGGCACACGGGCGUGGUGCGGGCGCUGCUGGAGGCGGGCUACCCGGUGGACGUGCUGACCUCUUACGGCGACUCCCCGCUGCACGUGGCGGCGGCGCGCGGGCACGCUGACACCGUGGCGGCGCUGCUGGCGGCGGGCGCCAACCCCAGCCUGAGGGACCUGGACGGGGAGGAGCCGCUGCUGCGGGCCGCUGGCUCCGGCUCCGCCGCCUGCUGCCGGCUGUUGCUGGAGGCGGGCGCGGGGCCCGAGUCCGCCUCCGACCUGCUACUGGCAUACGACGAAGUGCUACGAAGCUCGGGCCGCAAGUUCCGCAACCCCCAGGAGCUGCUGGAAUGGUUCCGGCGCCAGACCCGCCAGGUCCGCAACAGCCUGAUGCAGCACGCGGGCCUCACCGGCGGCUGCACGCCGCUGAGCCUGGCGGUGGCGGGCGGGCACGUGGAGGCGGCGGCGGCGCUGCUGGACGCGGCGGGGCUGGUGCCGGGCCGGCCACUCAACAAGGCUCAGGAGACCACGCUGCGCACGCUGGUAGGCAUGGCGGCGGCCAACGGCGCGAUGCCGGGCUCGCCGCUGGGGCAGCUGCUGCUGGAGCGGCUCAACACCAACACCACCGGGGGUGGGGGCGGCACCGGGGCUGAGGGCGCGGCGGCCAACGGCGAGGACGAGAUCCUGUACGGCGGCAUGGCGUCUGGAUCCAAGUCACGGAAGGCCCUGAAAGCGGCCGCCAAGACGGGGCGAAACCGCGGCGAAGCAGCCGGCGCCGCCGCCGGCACCACACGCGGCACCGCCGCCGCUGCAGACCCCUUGUUCGGCGCUCCAACCGACCUCUUCGCCUCCGGCGCCCGCGGCGGCGCCCGCGGCGGCGCCGCCGCCGCGCCGCCAGCCGGCGCCGCCUCCGGCGGCGGCAAGGACGGCGCCUCUAAGGAGGCCGCUGCGCGGAAGAAGGCCAAGGCAAAGGCGCGGGAGGAGGCGGCGGCGAAGGCGGCGCGGGAGCGGGAGCGGCGGGAGGAGUGGCGGCGGCGGCAGGCGGAGGCGGAGGCGCGCGGGGUGGCGGAGGCGGAGCACGCGGGUGUACAGCUGCGUGAGUUCAUCCUGCAGGAGCGCCAGGAGCUCCGCAAGAAGCUAGGGCUGGACGCCGACGCCGACGACAACGCCGGCGGCGGCGGCGGCGGCAACGGCGCCGCCGCCGCCACAGACGGCGUCGUCGUCGGCGCCACCACCACAACCGCCGCCGCCGCCGCCGCCACCAGUAACGCCUACGAGGACGACCCCCACGCGCCCGCGCCCUUCGCCUGCCGCUGCUGCCUGCGGCCGGAGCUGCUGGCGGCGCCGCUGGCGGCGCGCGCCGCGCCCGGCGGCGGCGGCGGCGCCGCCGCCAUUCGCUGCUGCGAGGACCCCGCCGGCGGCGCGGUGGGGCCGCGCCAGCAGCGGCUGGUGGUGCGUUGCAGCGGCGGCUGCAGUCUGGACUACCACUACCCGGCCUGCUGGCGCGAGCUGGAGACGCUGCUGCGGCGGGGGCGGCCCGAGUGGGCGGGGCUCAAGGACCCCAAGCCCACCAAGGGCCAGCAGCAGCAUGCGGGCGGCAUCCCCUGCUGGGCUGCCGCCGCCGCCGCCGCAGGCGCGGGCGCGGGCGACGCCGGCGCGGCCAGCGGCAGCGGCGGCGGCGACUCUGCCGCCGGCGCGGGCGGCUGUGACGGCGUCAUCCUCACCGCCAUCAUUAUGGAGGGCCCGGCGGAGGCGCCGCGCUUCAGCAAGCCCCUGUACACCUCCUCCCAACUCGCCGCCACCGCGGCCGGCAAGCACGGCAAGGCCGCAGCCGCCGCGGCCAUCGCCGCCGCCGCGGCGGCGGCGGCGGCGGCCGGCGGCAAGGGCGAGCAGCAGCAGCAACACCAGCAGCAGACGCAGCAGCAGCAGCGGCAGAAGCAGUGGUAUGAGGAGUAUGGGGAAUACGAUGAGGAGGAGGGGGGGGGCCAGGACGAGGCGGAACCUGAAAAGGAGGAGGAAGAGGACAAGCCCAAGGCGGCGGACCUGAUUGACCUCGACGCUGUGACGCUGGUCCCGCUUCAUCGGCGUCAGGGGGAUCAGCAGGUGAGAGUGGAAACGAAGCGCGCCGGCGGCGGUGGCGGCGGCGGCGGCGCCGCCGCCGGCCGCCCUGAGGACGUGGAGGCGGCGCCGAUCAUCGGCGGCGUGAACGCCAUUCGCGGCGUCAAGGCUGGCGGCGGGCGGCGUGGCGUCAAAGUGGUGCUGGACAUGAAAGUUAAGGACGCGAACGCGGAGGAGCAGGGGGAGCAGGGAGGCCAGGCGGCGGCGGGGCCGGGGGCGGAGGCCGCGGCGGCGGCGGGCGCGCCGCAGCGGGCGGCGUGGCGCGAGAGCGCACAGGUGCCUUUUGCGGUGCGGCCGGUGUGGGACGGUGGUGACGGCACCGGCGGCGGCGACGCCAAUGGCGCAAGCAAUCAUCAUUAUGGCGGCGGCUAUGGCGGUUACGGUGGCUAUGGCGGCGGCGGCAACAACGCAGCGGGCGCCGCCGGGUUCGGCGCACAGGCGGGGCCGGCUGUGCCUCCUCCGCCACCGCCGCCGCCACAACCGCAGCAGCAGCGGCCCAAGAUGACGGAGAUGGAAUUCCCCUCGCUCGUCCCAACCGGGCCCGAUGCCGCCGCCGCCGGCCUGAGGCCCGUCGGCGCUGGCGGCGGCGGCGGCGGCGGCGGCCGUGUGGGCGGCGCGUCGGCAGGCCCGGGCACAGGCGCGGGGGCGCAGGCGGCGGCGCCUGGCGGCGGCGCGGCGGCGGCGGCGGCGGCGGCUGCUCCUGCACGGCGGGAGGACCCGAUCUUACGGGCGCUGCAGCUGCUCAAGGUCCCCGGCCCCGACAUCCUGACGCCCCACCUGCUGCUGGAGGGGCCCUGCCUGCGCCACCUGUACGGCAGCCUGUUCCGGGGCGCGCCGCGGGUGGCGGACAACCAGCUAGCGGCGGUGCUGGGGCGGUACGGGCCCAUGACGGCCUUCCAGUCCUUCGAGGGCGGCGUGGCCGUUGCUGCCAGCUUCAGGUCCGAGGGCGUGGCGUCGGCAGUGGCGGCGGGGCUGGCGGCGGGAGACGCCGUGGGGCUGCUGGGGCCAGGCAGCUCCGCCGGCGGCGGCGGGUUGGACGUGGCGUGCCUGCUGGAGUUCCCCACGGAUGACGCGUUGGCGCGCGAGAUGCUGCAGGCGGAGAGGGCGGCGGGCGGCGGAGGGUUCGGCGGCGGCGGAGGAGGAGGAGGAGGCGGAGGAGGACGGGGGCUGAAGGUGGAUGCGCCGCCGUUCGUGCCGCGCAGCGUGGCGGGCGCGAUGGCGAGCGGCGGCGGUGAUGCUGGCGGUGGCGGUGGCGGUGGCGGUGGCGGUGGCGGUGGCGGUGGCGGCGGUACGCGGUCAAGCGCGGCGGCGGCGGCGGCUGCCGCGGCGGCG